UUAAAUUCCUCCCUGGUGCAGAGAAGUUUAAUUCAAGCCCUGCCAGGUUUUUACCCGACAACCCAUCAUUCUUAAGCAGAAGAAAAGCUCACGGGUAGCAAUAAAACUCGUGCUCCUCCUCUGGUACAGUAGGCUGAUCCCAGAUCAUAGCGCGGUCUGACUCAGUCCGGGCUCGCAUCGGUGGGCGUUCAUCAGCUCCACUUUCAAAAUCACUGCAAUGAACAGCAAUGAAUGCCGUUUCUUACGUCGCCGUGCACCUUUAACGCAUGACGCGCGGGCGGUGACCUUUGCGCGACGGUACAAGGAGACCGCGGAUGAAAGACACGGAGCGUCACCUGCGCGUCCGAUGCGUAAAAGCGCGCAAUGAUCACAAAAAGCGCGCACUGCGGUUCCGCCGCGCUUCGUCUGAAUCUGGACAUUUGGAUUAGGAGGGUUGCUUGGUGAAGCGAAUCGCCCUCCUUUGUUCGCGCGGAUGAGGGUCUGACGUGUUCCCGGGGGAUUUUCAGUCGCUAUUCAAACGCUGGAGACACACAUACACGCGCUCUCGAUGCUGCUAUGAUUUCCUGCGUGAGUCCAUACUGUGAUCUGGUUGCUCUUCGCAUGCUGCUGCUCGUGCUCGUGCUCGUGCUCGUGAGGUCCGGUUCGGCGGAAAACAGAUGCUUGUCUUCCCUCGUCUCCACAUGUGAAGACUGUCUGAGACGCGGCCCUGAAUGUGCUUGGUGCUCUCAGGAGAGGUUUCUAGACGGGGCUCAUGCAAGUCAGCGAUGCGGAUCUGUGUCUGACCUGCGAGUCCGGGGCUGUGAAGAGGCCUUCAUCGAAAACCCAAAUGUGAAAGUGGAAGUAAACGCCUCUAUCAGCAGCACACAGGUGUCACCGAGAGAGAUUAACAUCCAUCUACGAGCAGGCGGCGAGGCGUCGUUCGUGGUGGAAGUGCAGCAGCUGGAGCGCUAUCCUGUGGAUCUGUACUAUCUUGUGGACGUUUCGGCAUCCAUGCAGGAUAAUCUGGACCGGCUGAAGACGGCGGGCCUGGCUCUGUCUCAUCUGAUGAAGGAACACUCCAGCGACUUCAGAGUCGGCUUCGGCUCGUUCGUGGAUAAACCGGUGUCUCCGUACAUCGACGUGCACCCCUCCAAACUGCUGAACCCCUGCAGUGAUUAUGAGGUGCACUGCAGGCCGGCUCACGGCUUCAUCCACAUCCUCCCCAUCACACACAACAUGACCGAGUUCACACGGGUCAUUCAGGAGCAGAGGAUCUCUGGGAAUAUGGACACACCGGAGGGAGGCUUCGAUGCCAUGCUGCAGGCCACUGUUUGUCAGAAAGACGUCGGAUGGCGUCCCGAGGCGAAGCAUCUGCUGCUGGUUAUGACAGACCAGCCGUCUCAUCUGGCUCUGGACAGUAAACUGGCUGGGAUCGUGGUUCCUCACGACGGCCGCUGCCAUCUAGAGGAUAACAUCUACUCAAAAACUACAACUAUGGAGCACCCAACAAUCGCUCAACUGGCUGAGAAACUUCUGGAGAACAGCGUUUACUCCAUCUUUGCGGUGGACCAGGUGCAAUAUCAGUGGUAUGAGGAUCUCCUGGACUUGAUUCCUGGAAGUUAUGUGGGCCGUCUGUUUCCCAAAGCAUCUAAUCUAAAAGACUUAGUAGUGCAAGCCUACAAGAAGCUGCUGUCGGAUGUGGAGCUGCAGAUCGAGCUGGAGGACGCACAAGCUCCUCGCUUCCGGGUGAACGUCACGGCUUUCUGCCCCAACGGAUCCACUGCUUCUGGAAGCACGAAAUGUUCCAGUGUUCAGCCCAAACAAACAGUUUUCUUCAAGGUGACUGUAGGGAUGAGCUGCUGUCCGGCCGAGGGCACCGAUCGGGACGUUCUGAUGAGCGUCAGGCCGGUGGGAUUUAACGAGUCCGUUACCGUACGGAUCCGUCAGGACUGUGGGUGUGUCUGCACAGAGACGGGCCGCUGUCGUGAUGACCCCGAUCCCUCGCCCUGUCCCGCGGAGACGGCCGUCUGUAGAGCGGACCGCAGUGAACCCGUCUGCAGCGGGAGAGGAGUCUGUCGAUGUGGGACGUGUGUGUGCGACUCUAGCAGAUUGGGGAACAUCUACGGGAAGUUCUGUGAGAUGGACGACUUCUCCUGUCCGUAUGUGAAGGGCCUGGUGUGUGGAGGACACGGCCAGUGUGUUUCAGGUGAAUGUGUGUGUCUUCCUGGCUGGACGGGUGAGACGUGUGACUGUCCCGCAUCCACCAAGAGCUGCGUGUCAGACGAUGGCUUGAUUUGCGGCGGCUUGGGAAAGUGUGUGUGUGGCAAGUGUGUGUGUGACGACAGCCGGCGCUCUGGAGCCCUCUGUGAGAAAUGCCCCAUCUGCGACAGCUCCUGUCAAUCACACUGGAGCUGUGUGAACUGUCACCUGUCUAACGGACUCGGAUCAGACGCCAAGCAGCUUUGUAAUCACAGCUGCGCAGCUUCAUCGGUGGAGUAUGUGGACGACAUCACAGAGCUGGUCCGGGGGAAAUACUGCCUGUAUCCCAGCAGUGAGAAGUGUCAGCACCGCUUUCUCAUGGACUUGGCUUCAGAGCGACCUCAGCUGCACAUUAGUCGGCAUCCUGUGUGUGUGUGGAGUCGGCGGUACUUUAAGACGUUCCUCAGCGUCUUCCUCCUGACCGUCACGCUGGGCAUCGUCCUGCUGACGGCCUUCAGACAGCUGCUGAGAGCCAGAAACUGCUGGUGGCCGUCCAGCUCUGAGCAACAGUUCGAGCGCAGCCCUAAGGAUUUAUCAUACAUCCCCACGACCAACGAGAAGACGAUCACGUACAGAAGGGACCGUCUCCCGAACCGUCCGGUGGAGAUGCACUCUCACAUCCCCAAGAUGCCCCUGAGCGACGCCUGGCAGUGAUGAGGGUCAAAGGUCGCUCUAAAAACGAAGCACUACCAGAAUGAAAACACAAUCUUUCUCUUUAAGCACUCACGAGAGCAAUAGCCUGUGUGGGUUUUCUGAGGGUGUUUUUCAUUCUGUUUCUCAUUUAUGAUGUUGAAUGGCAUUAAAUCUCUUGUCCUGAAUGUCUGUUAAAG